AUGAAGCCCAUCGUCGUCCACGCCGCCGCCGUGGACCGCCGGUGGCUGCUCCCUCUGGCCGUCGGCUCCGCGCUGUCGCUCUUCCUCCUCGUCCUCCUCACCACCGUCCCUUUCCCCUUCUUCCCCUCCUCCUCGCCCUCCCCGGCGCUCUUCGUCGAGCACAAGCUCGCCCCGACCCCGCCCGCCUCCCGCGCCGCCGGAUCCCUCCCCCGCAUCGCCUACGUCAUCUCCGGAUCCGCCAAGGACGCCUCCGCUCUCCGCCGCGUCCUCCUCGCGCUCUACCACCCCAGGAACCUCUACGUCCUGCACCUAGAUGCGGAGGCGCCGGAGUCCGACCGCCGGGACCUCGCCGCCGGCCUCGCGGCGCACCCCGUCAUAGCCGCCGCCGGCAACGUCCGCGUCGUCGAGCGGGCCAACCUCGUCACCUACCGCGGGCCCACCAUGGUCGCCAGCACCCUGCACGCCGCCGCGGCCCUCCUCUGGGGCCACUCCGGCGCCGGCGGGUCCGACUGGGACUGGUUCAUCAACCUCUCCGCCUCCGACUACCCGCUCGUCACGCAGGACGAUCUGAUCCAUGUCUUCUCCAAGCUGCCGCGCGAUCUCAACUUCAUCGACCACACCAGCAACAUCGGAUGGAAGGAGUUUCAGAGGGCGAAGCCGGUCAUCAUCGACCCAGGGCUCUACAUGAAGAAGAAGGCUGACGUGUUCUGGAUACCACAGCGCCGGAGCGUGCCAACAGCCUUCAAGCUCUUCACCGGUUCAGCCUGGAUGGCGCUGUCCAGGUCGCUGGUCGAGUACAGCAUAUGGGGCUGGGACAACCUUCCCCGCACCGUCCUCAUGUACUACUCCAACUUCAUCUCCUCCCCAGAGGGCUACUUCCACACCGUUGUCUGCAACGCGGAGGAGUUCAAGAACACGACGGUGAACCACGACCUGCACUACAUCUCGUGGGACAACCCCCCGAAGCAGCACCCACACUACCUCACGAUGGACGACCUGGAUCGUAUGAUCGCCAGCGACGCGCCCUUCGCCCGCAAGUUCUACGCGGACGAGCCCGUGCUCGACCGGAUCGACGCGGAGCUCCUGUCCCGCCACGCCGGCCCGGACGCGCCCACGCCCGGAGGCUGGUGCGCGGGGACAGGGGACAACGGGAGCGACCCCUGCUCGGUCGUCGGGAACACCAGCUUUCUUCAGCCUGGCCGUGGGGCCGUGCGGCUCCAGCGGCUCGUCACGUCGCUCCUGUCAGACGAGAAGUUCCACCCGCGGCAGUGCAAGUGA